ACCUUUGUUAUUGAAAAGCACAUUUAACAAAUCAUUCAUUCCCAAUCAUGAGUCGUAUAGAGACUUACGUAUUCUUUGACAUAGAAACAACGGGAUUGCCAAAAGAAGAAAAGAAUCAUACAAAAAUAACGGAACUCUGUUUUAUUGUUGUAUCUAGAAAUGAUAUAGAAAUUACGAAAUAUGGGGAUAUCCCACCUGUUUCCAAAUUAUGCCUGCUUUUUAAUCCAGAGAGAGAAGUAAAUCCGACAGCAGCACACAUAACUGGACUCACAAAAGAGUAUUUAAAAAACUGUAGUACAUUUUCUCAAAAAGUAGAUACCAUUAACACAUUUUUAGGUGACCUAAAAAAGCCUAUCUGUUUAAUUGCUCAUAACGGAAAUUCUUUUGAUUUUAAGAUUUUAUUGAUGGAAUUUGAAAAUGCUAAGAGAUCUCUUCCCAAAGAUCUGCUUUGUGUGGAUUCUCUAGUUGGCAUCAGAAAAUUGUUGAAAGGCACGCAAAUAAAUUAUAAGGAGUUAUCGAGUCACGGUGAUGACGGCAUCAUUACGGAUGACGAAGAAGAUAGUUGGCCAGCUCUAAAUAUUAGUAAUAAAGAUUGGAACGACAUUGAUAGUUUAAGCACUUCUCUCAGUGGAAUGGCGUUUGAAAACGCAAAAACUAGUUCUCCAAUCCGAGAAGAAUUUAAUCUGGCUGCCGUAUAUAAAAGAUUACUCAAUAAGGAAAUAUCAAACGCUCACAGAGCUGAAGCUGAUUGUUUAAUGUUGGUGGAAUCUGUUGUGGCAAUAAAACACUUGUUUUUACCCUGGGCUGACUUACAUUCUAAAAAUCUUACUGAAAUAAAACCUUACAAACCAUAUUAAUAUUUAAAAUAUUACGCAGCCAAUUUCAGAGCUCAGAAGCUAAAAAUCUGGUAAUAAUUACAGAUUGCAAUAAUUCUCUAAAUAUUAAAUAAUUGGUUUUGAUAUAUUUUAUUGGAUCACUAUUUAUAUGUAUUUUUUUUUAGUUUUUAUUUCAAAGAUUUAUUGACAUCAAGUAUUAAAGAAAAGUAUUUAGAAUGUUGUACCUAUGUACAGAUGAAAGUUUAUUAUUCUACAGUAAAUGAAUAAUUAAUAGCCCAGCAAUUGCUUGCUUGAUAGUAGCAGAUUUGAUCUUU